AUGGAAGUAGCUGCAGAUUCUCUGGACAGUGUUCUAGUGUUCAUCAGUCGGCACCGCGCACAUGAGCUUCUGGACAUCUUUGCUCAUAACGUGGUCAAAUCAGAGGAGGCUGAGUACCCAUCGCAGCAUUCGCAUCUCCAUGACGUACAGCCAGCAUUCGGCCCCAUACGUUGCCACUGGGCAGUUGACCGUUUUAUUGAUCUUCCCCUUGAGAUACUUCAGGAUCUUGCAGUCACAGAGGACGCCAGCAACCUGAUGCGACUUCAGCCAACUUCAGAGUCCAGGAUGGUGUCACCAUCUAAACAGACAAACGAUCGCAGAAAGAUGGAAGUCUGGUCCUGCUGCAGGAUGCCGGUGCAGAAGAUCUCCGCCUCCAUGUUCACUGGGACUGUGGUGGUAGCCCUCAUAAUCCUUUCAGUCAGCUUUCACAUGAGGCACCUGGGUCAGAUAAACGUUUUCCACAGGGUCAGCCACAGGAUCAAGUUUCAUCCACACACAUCGCAGAGCUCACAGUGGAAAGGUUCAGAAGUUCACCCUCUACAGAAGAACAAAUCAGACGAAAAGCAGUCGCCCAGAUCCUGUCAACCCAAAAUGAACGUGAUGUUCCUGAAAACCCACAAAACCGCCAGCAGCACCAUCCUGAACCUGCUCUGCCGAUUUGGGGAGAAACAUGGCUUGACCUUUGCCCUGCCUACUAAGUACCGGUUUGGCUAUCCCAAAUUUUUCAGUUCACGCAGCAUCAAGGGCUUCUCGCAGCAGGAUGGGCGAGUCUACAACAUCAUGUGCCACCAUAUGAGGUUCAAGCGACCUGAGGUUCAGAAAGUGAUGCCAGCAGACACCUUCUACUUUACCAUUCUGCGCAACCCAGUCACAAUGGCAGAGUCCGCCUACACCUACUUUAAGUUUUUGGUACCGUCCUUCUAUCGUUCUGCCAGCUUUGUAAACUUUAUUGCCCAUCCCUGGAUGUACUACCACCCAAAGAUACAAAACAGCUAUUUGGCUCGAAACCUGCUUUGGUUUGACUUUGGCUUUGACCACAAUGCUAACUUCUCACUCCAGGAGGCCCAGAUUGGGGUGGCAGAAAUCCAGCAAUCUUUUAAUCUCAUCCUUCUAGCUGACUACUUUGAUCAGUCAAUGGUCCUCCUCCGGGAUGCUCUCUGUUGGUCUCUGGAUGACAUUGUCACGUUCAGGCUCAAUUCCCGCAGUUCUGAUGCUCGAAAGCACCUAUCCCAAGCACAGGAAGAUCAAGUAAAGCAGUGGAAUGCUAUGGACUGGUACUUAUACCAAAGUUUCAAUAAAACCUUCUGGCAAAAGGUGGAGAGUUUUGGAAAAAGCAGAAUGGACCAGGAGGUUGCCAGCCUUCAGGCCCGGCGAAAGGAACUAGAGAACCUCUGUCUUUUGCAGGUAAGGAAAGGAGGACAAAGCAAGACUGGCCAAGCCAGGAUCCUGGCAUACGAUCUGAAUUUAAACCUCAGCCUUCCAGACAAAGAACAUUGCUUGCGGAUGAUCCUGACAGAAUAUCAGUAUACGGAUUUGCUGCACAAAAAACAGUUUCCAAGGACAGAAAGUGUACCAAAGCAACCUGUAGCCAAAAGUAUUCGGCGGGCUCCAAUUCAAGGUUUUGGGGUCAAUAUAAAGGACAGUGUCAUCCGCCGACUGGACAGAUCCAAGAAGGAGCUCCUUAGAGGCCACGGACAGCGCACUCCUCAUUAG